AUGGAGCGGCGAGGCAGCCGGGCGGGAGAGCAUCCUCCGGCUCCAGGCGGAGGUACCUUUCCAGGAGGACAGAGUCCAAGCGCCAUGGAGGACCUGCUGGAUGUGGAGAACAAGCGGAUGGCCGACAGCCUGGCCAGCAAGGUCACCAGGCUGAAAUCCCUGGCUCUGGAUAUUGACAAGGAUGCUGAGGAACAGAACCGCUACCUGGAUGGCAUGGACUCAGAUUUCCUCAGUGUGACGGGGCUGCUGACGGGCAGCGUGAAGCGCUUCUCCACCAUGGCGCGCUCCGGGCGGGACAACCGCCGGCUGCUCUGCGCCGUGUCCGUGGCCCUCAUCCUCAUCUUCUUCAUCCUCUACUACCUGGUGUCCAGGGCGGGCACCUGAGCCGGGCUGGGCAGGUGUCACAGGGCCCCGAGCCGGGCAGGCGCCACAGGCCGGACCCGCGGCACCCACAGGCCUGUCCACACCUUCCCGGGAGGAGCCUCCGGCCAGACCUCCUCCUUCCA